GCCGCCUCUCAACUCGCAGUGAUACUUACACAAUAACUAGGUACCUAUCUUUAAUUCUCUGACAACUGAUAAUACUACAAUGGGAAAAUCUCGAAGGGCCCGUGGCCACGCGGCCCGUAAAGACCCUAUCGCAAAGACCGUCAAACCUCCUUCAGACCCUGAACUUGCUGCUCUUCGCGAGUCAAAGAUUCUCCCAGUCAUCAACGAUCUCAAGAGUGCCGAUCCCAAGUCUCGCUCUGCUGCUGCUUCGGCCAUUUCAAACAUUAUUCAGGAUGAGAAGUGCCGAAAGCUGCUUCUGCGUGAGCAGAUUGUUCAUACGAUCACUACCCAGACUCUCACCGAUGCUGCUCUUGAGAGCCGUGCUGCUGGUUGGGGUAUUCUCAGAAUCCUUGCGCAGGAGGAGGAGCCUGACUUCUGUGUUCAUCUUUAUCGAGUUGAUAUUCUCACUGCUAUCGAGUUUGCCGCUAAAUCGAUCACUGAGAUGCUCCUCUCCAAGGACCUCGAAUUUCAAAAACGGUCAAAGCCUGAACAAGCUACAAUUCUCAGCAUUGCUUCAUCACUAAUUUCUCUCCUUACUGCUCUUGCAGAAGCUCAAGACGAUAUCCUCGAGGCCAUCUCCCGCAACACCACCAUCACUCGCUUCCUCUUGCUCCUCACUUCAGAUGAGCUCGCCAGCAACCCCGAUAUUGUCUCACUAAGGAGUGAUGCUCUGGCUUGUCUCAUGAUCCUCUGUGAAGAUAACGAAGAGCUAUCUGACAAGGUCGUGAACUCCAAGGAGUACCGUACUUAUGGUACUUUGCUGUCCCUGCGCAAGACCGCUAACAGCGAUGGCGUCCUUGCAUGUGGCGUCCUCCACAACCUCUUUUCCUCUCUCGAUGGCCAGGACAUUGCUCUUGGAGCCGACAACUCACUUCUCAUCCCCACCCUUUCACAGGCUCUCAAGACAUUUGUGCCAGGCCAAAUGACAGAUGCUGUGGGCUGGGCCAACCCCGUCGAGUACCAGCAGCUCGCCCUCGAGAUUUUAGCUUCUAUUGGAACAACAUUGAACACAUCAGCCGAAACCGAACCACGGAAGGGGGAGAAGCCUGUCGUCAAAGAUGAUGAAGAGAUGGGUGAUGCAGACGAAGAGAUCUCUGACGGUGAGGAGGAGGGAGGCGAGGAAGAUGAUGACGAGAUGGACGACGAUGAGCUCGAAGCCGACAUGGAGAUGGUUACCGGCGCGGACAGAAACGAGGAAGACAGCAACAUCGAUGACCUUCCCAUCCUCAAGACUCUCAUUGAUAACGCCCUUCCUGAGCUCAUCCGCAUAGCAUCCCUCUCCCCCACCGACGACGCUUCCCUUCGCCUGCAAGGCCACGCCCUCUCCGCUCUCAACAACAUUGCCUGGUCUGUCUCCCUCAUCGACUUCUCUGACCUUCAUAACGCACCUAUUCAAAAUGCUUGGGACCCUGUUGGGCGCGCUCUCUGGUCCCAGGUCAUCGCUCCUAUUCUCGCAACUGAUACUGCCGACAUCGACCUAGCGACUCAUGUCACCAGCCUUGCCUGGGGGGUUGCCCGCUCUCUGCGGGGCAGACCCAACACACCUUUCGCUGAUGAACACCGCCGCUUCAUCGCUCUCUACCAGGCCACGAAGGGUUCACCUGUUACCCAGAACUUAGAGGAUCCCUUCCAGUCCCUCAGCGUCAAGUGUAUCGGUGUCCUCGGCCAACUGGCUCUCGAUCCCGCACCUAUUGACCGAAACCGCGAUAUCGGUACUUUCCUGAUUACUCUCCUUGUUGGCCUUCCCGAGACACCAACUGCCGACGCCGUUGAGGCCCUCAACCAGGUCUUUGACAUCUAUGCCGAUGAAGGUUAUUCAUACGACAAGGAGGUUUUCUGGAACAACAACUUCCUGAAGCACCUUGAUGAGACAGUUCCCAAGGUGCGGACUAUGAUCAAGAGCAUUGACAAGCGUGCCAACAGCGAGCUUCGCCUUCGCGCCGACGAGGCCGUGUUGAACUUGAAUCGGUUCCUGACUUACAAACGAAAGAACAAGCCCCAGGCAUAAUUGGUUAAAUAAAAGCACUUGAUUUUUCUGGACGUCUAUAGAAAUUUGAUCCAUUUCUGAUUUACCUCUCAUUUCUUUUGCCCUUGGUACCCACUUUGCAUCCCAUGAGAAUCUUUGAACAAUUAUUGUACUGAAUUUAUCUUUGGUGCCUUUAAAUUGGUCCCAGUACUUUGCACCAAGGCCCCUGAAACUGUUGAUCUCAAAAUCUUAGUAGUCCCGAAAUAACAUGCCAUUAUAUCC